ACAAUCAAGGAUUUCUGGUGAAAAAAACAGACUUCGCGUUUAUCGCUGGCUAAUUUGCGAGACGUGGUGCCGGUAAUAUUUAAUAGAAAAUAAGGCUCGUUCAAUCUUCUUGUUCCGUUCAUGACGAAAUAUCGCAUAGAACUGGACUUUUUGCUGUAACAGAGAACACGAUCGACCGGAUCUGAGAAUACUGCGGAAAAGCAAAUAAAACAGGACCGCAGACAGGCUUGUCAAGUUACUAGCUUGUCAUAGGCAACAAGGAGAAUUUUAGCGGCUAGUUAUGUCCUUUCGCCGCCAGAACCAACCUGGACCCGGUGGCCGCAAAACAUCCAAUGGAACUUCAGGGAGUAACACUAACAGACCCGCCCCGGGAAGGAACAGAAAUUCUGUGAAGACUCCCUCACCGUCUCCAUCUGGAUUUGAGGGUGUGUACAACAACUCCCGGAUGCUUCAUUUUCUCACAGCUGUGGUGGGCUCCAGAUGUGACGUUAUGGUGAAGAAUGGCAGUGUAUAUGAAGGAAUCUUCAAGACUUUAAGCUCACGCUGUGAACUAGCAGUGGAUGCAGUGCACAAGUUGAAUAAUGAGGUGGGGGAUUGGGGUGGUGGUGGCACACCUGUCCAUCCCAGGAGAGAAGAGAUCACAGACACCAUGAUCUUUGGGCCUAUUGACUUGGUCACCAUGACGUGUAGAGAUGUGGACCUCAACUACGCCACACGAGACACUUUCACAGACUCUGCGAUCGGCUCAUCUCGUGUAAACGGUGACCACAGAGAUAAGGUCCUUAAAAGGUGGGAUGGAGGUGAUGGUAACGGAGAAAAUUUUGACCUGGAGGCAGAUGCUUCCAAUGGUUGGGAUGCCAGCGAGAUGUUUCGCUUUAAUGAGGAGACCUAUGGUGUGAAGUCCACCUAUGACUCCAGUCUCUCCAUGUACACUGUUCCUCUAGAGCGGGUCAGCACAGACGGCUUCAGGCAGAGAGAGGCUCGAGCUUCUCGGUUGGCCAAUGAGAUUGAGGCCAGUUCACAGUACCGGCACAGGGUGUCACUGGAGAAUGAUGAGGGAAGAACAGAGGAGGAAAGAUACAGCGCUGUGGUGCGGGAAAAGGAACGGGAUGCAGGAGAAAGAGAGCGGGGAAGAGACAGCCCUGGAUUCUCCAGCGCUGUGAGCAGGGAAGGCAAAUACAUUCCUCUGCCUCAACGGGCAAGGGAAAGAGAAAUGGGAGGUUCUGGAAGAGGUGAAAGAGGUGGUGCUGUAUCCACCCUGCCCAAUCGAACAAAUAGACCUGGCCCUUCAAGCUCCUCCCCCAGACCCUUACCCUCAGGCAGCAGUCAGCCCAUUUCUCCCACAGAUAGGAGCAGCCCUCUAUCUGUCAGAGGAUAUUCGACACACCAGUCCCAGAGCAGCCCACCUACACAGACUCGCCCCUCAGAGCCUGGCCACUCCAGCCCCCCUUCCCCACACACACUCUCACAUUCGCUCUCACAUCCACAGUCUCUCUCUGAUUCGGCACGGCCUGUCAAUGGAGUGUCAUCCCGAAUGUCACCCAAGUCUCAGAGACCUGGACCGAGCAACAGAAACAUGCGUGCCUCAAACUCGCACUCCUCCUCCUCUACAGUCUCUCAUUCCACUAAACCAGAUGCUCCUUCCCAGGACCAUUCUGCCUACCUGGAUACCUCUUCAGUUACCAUAGUGACUCCCAAACUCACUGGCCCCACCCCUUUGUUCCCUGUAGAUGUGAAUGAAAUCCUGUCUAAGGAAAGGAUGGAGAGUCCAGUUAGUCCACAGGAGGGCAAAAACAGCAAAGUCCAGCAAAGAUCGCAAAAUCUUGAGGACCUUCGUAAGUUUUAUAAAGAUUUUAGGCUUCCAUCUAGCUCCAAUCCCUCCAGCCCCAACACUUCAACCACAGACUCAGCCCAGCCAAACCCCACCCUCAACACACAAACAGACCCCACCGUUACUACAGAAUCUAAACCUGCCUCGACCCCGGCCUCAGCAGAGCUUCCAGCAGUGGAGAGAAGUAGAGAGAUAAACGCAGAGGGGGUGGCAACCACCACCCCUCCACCAGCCACAUCCAUCUCUGCACCAUCUGCACUCUGUGGCCCUGCCAUGCAAAAUCCAACUGCAGAAGGGCAAUCGGAAGGGACACCCCAGCCUGCGAGGACCCCAGGCAGUGAGGAGGGCAAGCCAGAGACUGCUGAGAGAUCAGAGGGCGAUACUGAUCAAGUGAAGAAAUCUACACUAAACCCCAAUGCCAAAGAGUUCAACCCCGUCAAGGCCCCUCUCAGCAUGGUGAAGCCCUCAGCCACUCCCACCCCACCACGGCCGACCCCGCCCAGCUCCACGGUGGUGCUACAGCCUCAACCAGGCCAGGGAGCCAUUUACACUCAGUACCUUAGCUGCUUCUCACCUAUCCAGAUACAGGGUCACUCUAUACAGGCACCUCAGAUGUACCCGUAUCCCAUGACUGUUAGUCAAGGGAAGUACCCAAGAGCUAAAGUGGUGACCCCUCGUCCAGACCACAGUUCUUCAGCACCCCCUAUGAUGCAGGCUGCUGCGUCAGCAGCAGGACCACCUCUGGUGGCCUCUCCGUACCCUCCCUCAUAUCUGCAGUAUAACCAGGUCAUACAAGCCAUGCCCCACUACCAUGGACAGAUGUACUCCAUGCUCCAGGGUGGACCACGGAUGAUGGGAUCAGGAGGGCACCCACAGGCACUGGGUCCCGCUGGCCCCCAGUAUCCUGGCCAGACUGAGGGACCACCAGGACCUCAGCAGGGAAUGUAUGCUCCACAGCCAUUCUCUCAUCACUCUGGUCCCAUGCAUCACCCUCAGCCCUCCAGCACCCCCACAGGCAGCCAGCCGCCCCCUCAGCACCCUGCCCCCAGUUCAGGACCGUCCGGUCAGUCUGGGCCUCAGUCUCUGUCUCUCUACCACUCUGGGCCGCUGUCAGCCCCCACGCCCCCUGGACACAGCUCCCCACAAGCCACCUACUCCCUUCAGGGCUACAGCUUGCCUGGACACCAACACCUGCCUCACCCUUACUCCUCUUUAGGACAGCUCACACAGGCUCAUGUUUCAGGUGCUCUCUCGGGUCCUCACCACUCUGGAGGUCACGGCCCACCUCAAGUGAUGUUGCUCCAUGCCCCGCCUCACCAGCAGGGCUCUGGCCCCCAGCACGGACCUCCCCCAUCCCAACAGGGACCCCACCAGCACUACACCUAUAUUGGACCACCUCAGGUCUCUGUGCAGGGUCACCCUCCCCAGCAGAUUCCUUUCCACCCUCCUGGAAACUGAGAGUGACUUGGAGACUGAAACGGAGCUAGACAGAGAGCACACCAAUCUGGACACUCAAUCGUGUGUGUGUGUGUGUGUGUGUGUGUGUGUGUGAUCACACUCUCAUUUGUACAUACUCGCCUCGUCACCUGCUUCAAGAAUGGAAAAAAUUGAUUUUGUUUUUAUUCAUACCUCUGGCAAGAUUGAAUGUGCUUGUUUUAUUUUUCAUUUACUUUUAAUUUGAGUGGAUGGUGACACAGUGUCUAAAGCAGAAAGCGGGAAUGAGUGAGCGUGUGACAGAAUGGAAAGAUAGAGGGACAUUUUUAUAAAAAUACUAUGACCUCUCCCUUUGUCCUCAACCCCCUUUUUAAAUAAGUAAAUAAAUAAACUGUUAAAGAACAAAAAAAAAUUACAAAAA